AUUAAAGUCAACAAGCUGCUGCGCAAUAACAUAGACUACAAUCAGUACAUUAAAAUCGACAUGAUGGCCACUUCACAGGAUUAUUUUGGCAAUCCUUAUGCACUAUUUCGCGGCCCGCCCAUCACAAUGCGGCCACGCACAUCGCCGCUGGGCGUGGCUGGACACUCGCAUGCCAGCUAUACGGCCCUCGAUCUACAGUCGCCGCACAAGCGUCACAUUGAGACGGAUGUGCGUGCACCGCCACCACCGUUGCCACCACCGCCGCUUGCAAUGCCGCCGUUGCCGCCAUCAUCGCCGAGGUAAGCCAGAGUCGAGGUGCAGGCGGGGGAGAAUUGAGUUGAUAUGCAUAUCAUCAGCAAC